AUGAGUGCAGCUACUGAGAAAGGCCACGCUGAGGCGGAAGUGACCUCUCCUAAUGAGGGUCUGGUCCGACCAGAGACAUCUUCAGGCGAAUCUGUCGAGGAAGUUCUGUCAGCGGCUGGCGUGGGUUUCAAGGAUGAUGAUCCAACUCUACCAUGCCUGACUCUUCGCAUGUGGACAAUCGGCAUUGCCUUCUGUCUUGUAGGCAGUGGUGUGAACACUCUUUACACGCUGAGAUUCCCAUCCAUCAGUCUUUCGCAGUCCGCAAUCCAGUUCCUGGCGUAUCCCGUCGGCAAGGCAUGGGAGUAUGCGAUACCGGACUGGGGUUUCACCUUGUUCGGCAAGCGACAUAGCCUGAACCCUGGACCCUUCAACCAUAAGGAGAACAUGCUUAUCUACAUCUUGGCCAACCUCAGCUUCUUGACCCGAUUGAGCGCCGAUGUCCUCACCGAACAGCGCGUCUUCUACGGCCUCAAGGCAGGAUGGGGUUUCGAGAUCCUCGCAACAUUGACAUCGAUCCUGUUUGGCUUUGCUCUGUCAGGCUUGACGCGAUCAGUAGUUGUCGAACCGAAGAGCCUCGUUUGGCCAGGCGUGCUUGGAAACACAGCUCUCAACGCAGCCUUGCAUACACCACGCAAGGAGGUGAUCGCUGGCAAGAUUUCUCGUUAUCACUUCUUUAUCCUCGCCUUCUUCGCCUCUUUCUGUUGGUAUUGGUUCCCCGACUUCAUCUUCCCUGCCUUGGGUUACUUUACAUGGAUCUGCUGGAUCGCCCCCAAGAACCCUGUCGUCAACCAGGUGUUUGGCAUGAAGAGUGGACUGGGGUUGUUGCCCUUCACCUUCGACUGGAGUCAAAUUGCCUACAUCGGAUCACCACUUGUAGUCCCAGUCUGGGCUAUCCUCAACGUUCUCGCCUCCCUUGUCUUCUGGAUCUACAUUGUUAGCCCCGCGCUCUACUACUCGAACACCUGGUUCUCAGCCCAUCUGCCGCUACAAAGCAAUUCAAUCUUUGACAAUACCGGAGAAGUCUUCAACGUCUCGAAGGUUGUCAAUAAGAAGGAAGGCUUCACUUUUGAUCAUGAUCUGUAUGCACAGUACUCUGACAUCUAUCUCCCAGUAACCUAUGCGCUUAACACUUUCGGUCUGUCGUUCGCCACCAUCUCGUCUCUUUUUGUCUGGCUCUUUCUCGAGAAGCGCCGGGACUUAGUGAGAACAUUCCGCGAUGCAUGCAAAUCGUUGACGUCGAAGAACACAUCAGGUCGCGACAGACUGCAGCCACAAUAUGAUGCAGUUCCGCUUUGGUGGUACAUGAUCGCUGCCCUUGUAGCAUUGGGCAUUGGUAUCUUCACCUAUGAGUACUACCCCGUUCAGCUGGGUUGGUAUGGUGUGAUUUUCGGCAUGGUAGUAUCUUCUGUCUUCUUCAUCCCUCUCGCUUGGGUGUAUGCUACUAGCAACAUCAAGAUCCAGAUCGAUAUCUUCUGUCGCAUCAUCGCUGGUUACGUCUGGGAAGGCAAGGUCCUGGCCAACAUCUGGUUCUUCAACGUUGGAUAUAUCUCGGGUAUCAAAGGCCUUGCCUUUUCUCAGGAUCUGAAGCUUGGUAUCUACUGUGGUAUCCCUCCUAGAAGUCUCUUCCUGGUCCAAGUAGUCGGCCUUAUUAUCGGAACUCUUGGUCAAGUAUCCGUCCUCAACUGGGCACUUGGAAACAUCCCCAACGUUUGCAAUGCCAAACUUGCCCCGAACGGUUUCACUUGUCCCUUCUCUCGAACUCAUUUCAACACAAGCAUGGUCUGGGGCGCCCUCGGUCCCCGUCGCUUCUUCGAGCCAGGCGCUCUUUACAGGCCCUUGCUCUGGUUCUUCCUGGUCGGAGCUCUUCUUCCUGUCGUCGUAUACCUCCUUCGAACCAAGGCCUUCCCUCAUAUUAAUUGGCUGAAGAAGAUCCAUGUUCCGCUGUUCCUGGGCGGCUUGAACUAUAUCCCGCCUGCAUCAGGUGUUAACUAUGGCAGUUGGGCUUUAUUCGGUAUCUUGUUUGGCGUCCUUGUUAAGAAGCGCAAGGCCAGCUGGUGGCAUCGAUUUAACUUUGUUCUGAGUUCCGCGCUGGAUUGUUCUGUAGCCAUCGCUGGCAUCGUCAUCUUCUUUGCCGUUUUCUACACCGGCGCCGCGGAUAAUUUCAGUUGGUGGGGAACCAACGUGUACAAGGACACCUGCGAUUGGAAGAGUUGUCCUUACAAGGCGUUAGCAAAAGGGCAGACGUUUGGACCUUAG